AUUAAUAAAGACUUAUCUAUACAAUCAGCUAUAAAUACUACCACAGUUAUAUAGAAUCAAUACCUAUAAGUUGCUACUAUAGUUGUUAAAUACGACAAUACAGAUACACCAUAAAUAAGAGAUUCAUGUGGCAAACUCAAACCCACGAUGACUACGUUCAGACCGAUGAUAUUCUUAACUACACCAAUCUGUAUUCAGUUUCUCAAAGAGUUACACCAACUAAUAGCAGUUACUCAAAUCUGGCUACCGUUAAUGCAGGAGUGACUGAUCAGCCCAAGUCAUCCACUAAACAACAAGACUGGGAUAAUACGUCUGAUAACAGUAAAGAACAAACUGAAAAGAAACAAGUUAGUGAUGUAACAACUUCUACAAAUAGCAAACCUCAAAUGAAACAACUAGGGGAAUCUAGUCAAGGACAUUUUUCACCUGUUUGUGUUUAUCUACACAAUCGGGUGGCUAUAAUGCUAGAGAUCGAAAACGUGGAAACUGUAACUGCUGAACAAAUUUGCGAGAGGAUCGUCAACAGUGAAGAAUUAGGAUUAGGAAAACAACUUUAUUCCCAAAUAUUCUCUUUAUGGAUGAUCAGUCCACUUUUAGAGCUUCAGCUAAAACCAACACACAAACCAUAUAGCAUCAGGAAAUGUUGGAGAUCUUUGCUAGAACAAUAUAGCCAUACGUCAUAUAAUAGACAACAAAGAGAUGAACCCAGAUUAGUCUUUCAGAGAAACAUAUUUUUUUCUCCCCAAUUGGAAGAAAAAAUUAAGGAUCAAAAGCUCAUCGAGCUGCUAUACGAUGAAGCUCGCCAUAAUAUUCUGCAAGGAAGGUAUCCAUGCGAGGAAAUUCACUACAUCAUGCUGGGAGGAAUUCAAGCGCGAAUAGAAUUAGGACCUUACAAUCCUCAACAACAUUCCAUUCGUUUCUUUAGAGAAGAGCAAGUUAAGUAUUUACCAUUGCAUAUAAGGAAGAGUUCCACUUGGACGUGGUUACCGAUCAGUUCCAAGAAUUCAGCGGAAGUAAAGUUGUUAGAACAAUUUAAGAGAAUUCCCAACGCUACAACGAAUAGGAAAUUAAUGAAGAAAUAUUUGGAAUUUUGUUGGUCGUUACCAUUUUAUGGAUCUGCAUUUUUUGAAGGCCAGAUAGAACAACCUGUGACAGGACUAACAUCUUUAUUAACUCAUCAAGAUCAACCAGUUUUAGUUGGAAUUAACUUUAAAGGUUUAUAUAUCAUCGAUGAUAUCCAAUGUGUGUUAUUACUAGGACUAAAAUUUGAAGAAUUUAGUUGGGAAUAUGCAAGACCCUCAAAAGAAGAAAAUCCCAAUUGUUUGCCGUGUUUGUUUAUUCAAUUUAACGUUGUUGAAAACGGCACAACUGUAUCAAAAAUAUUGCAAAUAUUUUCUAGACAAGCUAGUUUAAUGGACACCUUGAUUACUGCUUUUAUAGAACAAGUUAAAUCGAAAGUAAAUGAUGAAAUAGACAAACCUUUGGAUCAAAGUCACAAUGAGAUAGAAUCACACUCAUCAAUUAUGAUGGGAACUAUGUAUCCUUCAACUCUGCCAUGUCUUAAUAACAAACUUAACAGAUUGACAUUAGCUACAUUCGAUGAAGAGGGUCACUGUAUUGGACAAAUGGGUUCUUGGUCAUUCAGUUACUAAAGAUGGCAAUGACAUGGUGGUGAUAAUUCCAAAUGAUAAAAUAAUCUAUAAAAAAUAGAAACAUAUUGGUUUUGUGAAGCUGAUUCGUUAUGGAGUAUAGCAAAUAGUUACAACAGAUAUUAAAAUUGAAACAAGGAUUUUUUCCGUGAAUAAAUAACUCCUUUUUUAUUUGUUGGCGUAUUAAAUGUUUUUGUUAUAUUAUUAAUCAAAUAAUGUUUAAAUAAAUAAAAAAUAUGUAACAAAUUAAUA